AUGGGCACUCCAACGCCCUAUUCGGCGCAUUCACCGCAGGAAAGCCGAAGCAGCUUCUACUCUCAGCCCUCUCCCUCUCCUACCCUUACCUACGGUCGCGAUGACGCGGAAGAUCAACAACAGACCCUCCUUCGACGCAGUGUAGCCAGCCCUAAUGGCUGGUCAUACGAUGAUCCCAACAUAUCGACCGACUCCCUGCGGCGAUACACACUGCAUGAUCCCGGGAUAACCGCAUUUGCUCACCCGUACCCGGAAUCCGAAACCGCCGAUGUCCACAGCGCACGGAUGUCGGAAUACAGUGGAAUCGAGAUGGAUGCCUGGCAAAGACGACAAGGUUUGAAACCGAGUGCGCUUCGGCGAUAUGGAACAAGGAAGAUCAACCUGGUCCAGGGUUCGGUGCUCAGCGUUGACUACCCGGUUCCGAGUGCGAUUCAGAACGCGAUCCAGGCGGAGUAUCGGGAUGCGGAGGAAGCGUUCCAUGAAGAGUUCACACAUAUGCGGUAUACGGCCGCCACCUGCGACCCGGAUGAGUUCACCCUGCGCAACGGCUACAACCUUCGCCCUGCCAUGUAUAACCGUCAUACAGAGUUGCUCAUCGCCAUCACAUAUUACAAUGAGGAUAAAGUCCUGACCGCCCGAACUCUGCAUGGUGUGAUGCAGAACGUCCGAGACAUCGUCAACCUGAAAAAGUCAGAGUUCUGGAACAAGGGAGGACCGGCGUGGCAGAAGAUUGUGGUGUGUCUCGUGUUUGACGGGAUUGAGCCCUGCGAUAAGAAUACCCUGGAUGUCCUCGCCACGAUAGGUGUGUAUCAGGACGGGGUGAUGAAAAAGGAUGUGGACGGGCGCGAGACAGUCGCACACAUUUUCGAAUAUACGACACAAUUAUCUGUCACUGCAACACAGCAGCUGAUGAUAUUCUGCCUCAAGCAGAAGAACAGCAAGAAAAUCAACUCCCACCGGUGGCUGUUCAAUGCCUUUAGUCGGAUUCUGAAUCCCGAAAUAUGCAUCCUACUCGAUGCUGGCACGAAGCCCGGCAGCAAAUCGUUGCUUGCCCUAUGGGAAGCAUUUUAUAAUGACAAAACGCUGGGAGGAGCGUGUGGCGAAAUCCAUGCGAUGUUGGGCAAGGGAUGGCGCAAUGUGUUGAACCCUCUCGUUGCAGCACAGAAUUUCGAGUACAAAAUUUCCAAUAUCCUCGACAAACCACUGGAAAGCGCCUUUGGCUACGUCAGUGUGCUCCCAGGCGCCUUCUCGGCAUAUCGCUACCGUGCGAUCAUGGGCCGACCGUUGGAGCAGUACUUCCACGGUGAUCAUACUCUGUCCAAGCGGCUGGGAAAGAAGGGUAUUGAGGGUAUGAAUAUUUUCAAAAAGAACAUGUUUCUUGCCGAGGAUCGCAUCCUAUGCUUUGAACUGGUGGCCAAAGCAGGAUUCAAAUGGCAUCUCACGUACGUCAAAGCAUCCAAAGGAGAAACGGAUGUCCCCGAGGCGGCGCCGGAAUUCAUCAGUCAGCGGCGACGAUGGCUCAACGGCUCCUUUGCUGCGAGUCUGUAUGCCAUCAUGCACUUUGGACGCAUCUAUAAGAGUGGUCAUAGCUUGGUUCGAAUGUUCUUCUUGCAUAUUCAGAUGAUCUACAACUGCUGCCAACUCAUCAUGACCUGGUUCUCGCUGGCAUCCUACUGGCUGACCAGCUCGGUCAUCAUGGACCUCGUGGGGACACCCAGCUCGCAUAACAAGAACAAGGCGUGGCCAUUCGGCAACGAUGCCACUCCCAUUGUCAACUUUUUUGUUAAAUAUGGUUACCUUUUGGCGCUGAUGCUCCAGUUUGUGCUGGCUCUGGGAAACCGACCCAAAGGAACCAAAUUUGCCUACACCAUGUCGUUCCUUUGGUUUUCUCUGGUGCAGUUUUACGUGCUGAUCCUGUCGUUCUACCUGGUCGCCAAUGCGUUCAUGGGUGGCAUGAUGGACUUUGAUUUCGACCAAGGCGUGGGCCACUUCCUCUCCUCCUUCUUCAGCUCCAGUGGCGGAGGGAUCGUCCUGAUCGCUUUGGUGUCCACUUACGGCAUCUACAUCGUCGCCAGCAUUCUGUACAUGGACCCGUGGCACAUCCUGACCAGUUCCUGGGCGUACUUCCUAGGCAUGACCACGUCGAUCAAUAUUCUCAUGGUGUAUGCGUUCUGCAACUGGCACGAUGUCUCGUGGGGUACGAAGGGAUCCGAUAAGGCGGACGCUCUGCCCUCGGCGCAGACCAAGAAGGCCGACGGCAGCAAGAGCAACUUCAUCGAGGAGGUCGAUAAACCGCAGGCGGAUAUCGACAGCCAGUUCGAGGCCACUGUCAAGCGGGCGCUGGCUCCGUACCAGGAACCGAAAGAAGACUCGACUAUCAGCAUGGAUGAUUCCUACCGCAACUUCCGGACCAACCUGGUGCUGCUGUGGAUCUUGAGUAAUUUGCUGGUCUCACUGCUGAUCACGAGCGACGGCAUCAGGAAGAUGGCUCUGACGAACACAUCCACAACGCGGACGCAGUAUUAUUUCCAAGUGAUUUUGUGGGCGACAGCUGGACUGUCUAUCUUUCGAUUCAUUGGGUCGCUCUACUUCCUGGGCAAGUCGGGAAUUUUGUGUUGCGUAGCACGUCGAUGA